CCGGCCCGGCUGCCGCACUCACUCCGCACGGCGGAGGCGCCCAGACCACAGCAAAGGGGGCCCGGCCAGCCCGGCGCGGAGGGCUGGGGGUGGCGUUCACUGUUUUCUGCUCUGCAGGGACGGGAGGCUUCUCCGCGCUCGCCUCCCGCCGCUCCGCGGAGCCGUGGAAGUGCAGGCGGGACCGUCCCGGGGCUGCCGGAGGGGUGAGCGAAGAGUCGCCGGAGCUUCCUCCCCGACCGCUGCUGCUGGGGAGAGCUGAGGAGGCGGCGGGAAGGAGAAACGGCAGCGAGAGAAAGAGGACAGACGGACGGAGAGACAGACGGGGGGAACGGCUGCUCCCCUCGCAAACCCUCGCUCCCUGCCGCCGCGCCCCGGCCAUGGGGAAACCGACGCCGUUUCUGCAGUGACCGCGGGACCCGGCACCCGCCCGGCCCUUCCUACCCCUCCGCCAGCAGAAAGAAACUAAAAGACCCCCAAUACUUGAAAGCAAAAAAAUCAUAUAUAUAUAUAUAUAUAAAAAAGCAAAUAAAUAAAAAGGGCUCCGUCAAGCCAGCGGCCGCAGCAGCAAGCCUCCCCCGCCCCGAGUUCGGCGGCCGCGAUGAGGACCGGGGGGCGCCUGCCGGUGCCGGUGCUGGUGCUGGCGGCGCUGCUGGGGCUGUGCAGCGCCGAGCGCCCCGCCGAGCGGCAGGCGCUGGUGGUGCCGCGGCGCCUGGGCGCUGCUGGCGGCCGGGAGCGCUUCCGCCUGGAGGCCUUCGGGGAGCGCCUGACGCUGGAGCUGGAGCCCGACAGCAGCUUCCUGGCCCCGGACUUCACCCUGCAGUACCUGGGCGGGCCGCCGCCGCUGCCGGAGGACGACCUCUCCCGCUGCUUCUACUCCGGCACCGUCAACCGGGACCCCAGCUCCGCCGCCGCCCUCAGCCUCUGCGCGGGGAUGCGCGGCGCCUUCUCCCUCCGGGGCCGCCAGUAUCUCAUUCAGCCGGCCCCCGGCACCGCGCACAGCCGCGGCGCCCACCUUCUCCGCCUCCGCGGGACCCACCGGGCCGCCCCCGCUGCCCGCUGCGCCGUGGCCGAGGCGGGGGCGGAGGCGGCGGGGCCAGAGCCCGAGCCCACCGGGCACGCAGAAAUGAGAAGCAGAAGGAAGAAAAGGUUUGUGUCUAGCCCCCGCUACGUGGAGACCAUGCUGGUAGCUGACCAGUCCAUGGCUGAGUUCCAUGGCAGCGGGCUGAAGCACUAUCUCCUGACGCUGCUCUCCGUGGCGGCCAAGCUGUACAAGCACCCCAGCAUCCGCAACUCCAUCAGCCUCGUGGUGGUGAAAAUCAUGGUCAUUUACGAGGAGCGGAAGGGACCCGAUAUCUCUUCCAACGCAGCCCUGACUUUGAGAAACUUCUGCAGCUGGCAGAAGCAGCACAACCCGCCCAGUGACCGACACGCGGAGCACUACGACACGGCAAUCCUCUUCACCAGGCAGGACCUCUGCGGUGCCAAGACAUGUGAUACUCUUGGGAUGGCUGAUGUGGGAACGGUUUGUGAUCUAAACCGCAGUUGCUCUAUCAUAGAAGACGACGGUUUACAGGCUGCCUUUACAACAGCCCACGAACUAGGCCACGUGUUUAACAUGCCUCAUGACGAUGCAAAGCAGUGUGCUGGUAUUAAUGGAGUAAGCCGGGACUUCCACAUGAUGGCAUCUAUGCUUUCCAAUCUGGACCGCAGCCAGCCGUGGUCUCCAUGUAGUGCCUACAUGAUUACAACAUUUUUGGAUAACGGUCAUGGUGAGUGUUUGUUGGACAAGCCCCACAAACCAAUCCAGCUUCCUUCUGACUUGCCUGGCACGUUGUACGAUGCCAACAGACAGUGCCAGUUUACAUUCGGAGAUGAGUCCAAACACUGCCCCGAUGCAGCCAGUACGUGUACGACGCUGUGGUGUACUGGCACUUCUGGAGGACUGCUCGUGUGCCAAACCAAACACUUCCCUUGGGCAGACGGCACCAGUUGCGGGGAAGGGAAGUGGUGCAUGAAUGGCAAGUGUGUGAAUAAAACUGAGAAGAAGCAUUAUGAUACGCCAGUGCAUGGGAGCUGGGGGUCCUGGGGGGCAUGGGGAGAGUGCUCCCGGACCUGCGGCGGUGGAGUGCAGUACUCCUUCAGGGAGUGCGACAACCCUGUCCCCAGGAACGGGGGGAAAUACUGUGAAGGGAAGCGGGUGCAAUACAGAUCGUGUAACAUCGAGGACUGUCCAGACAAUGAUGGCAAAACCUUUAGGGAGGAACAAUGUGAAAAGCACAAUGAGUUUUCCAAGUCUCCCUUUGGAAGUGGACCUGCAGUGGAGUGGACACCCAAGUUUGCCGGUGUUUCUCCAAAAGACAGAUGUAAGCUGGUCUGCCGAGCAAAAGGAACAGGAUACUUCUUUGUUCUACAGCCAAAGGUUGUGGAUGGUACCCCGUGUAGCCCCGAUUCCACCUCCGUCUGUGUCCAGGGACAGUGCGUAAAGGCUGGCUGCGACCGUAUGAUAGGAUCCAGUAAGAAGUUUGACAAAUGUGGUAUCUGCGGUGGCAAUGGAUCCACCUGCAAGAAAGUGUCUGGCACACUUGUUAGAGCAAAACCUGGCUACCAUGAUGUUGUCACCAUUCCAGCCGGGGCGACGAACAUUGAGGUGAAGCAACGAAACCACAGAGGCGCGAGACACGACGGGAGCUUCCUCGCCAUCAAAGCUGCAGAUGGCACCUACGUCCUCAACGGCGAUUACACCCUGUCGACGCUGGAGCAGGACAUCACCUACAAGGGCAGCGUGCUGAGGUACAGCGGCUCCUCUGCCGCCCUAGAGAGGAUCCGCAGUUUCAGCCCUCUGAAGGAGCCUCUGACCAUCCAGGUCCUCACGGUGGGGGACCUGCCGCAGCCCAAGAUCAAGUUCACCUAUUUCGUGAAGAAGCCUGCUCAGCCUGGGUCGGAGAAGGUGCCCAGUAGAAAGAAAGAGUCUUUCAAUGCCAUCAGGGAGAUCAUCUCCUCCGAGUGGGUCAUAGAGGAGUGGGGCGAGUGCUCCAAGUCGUGCGGCUCGGGCUGGCAGCGGCGGGCAGUGGAGUGCCGGGACCCCCAGGGGCGGCCGGCUGCCGACUGUGCCCGGGAGCUGAAGCCCAGCGACGUCCGUCCCUGCGCCGACGUGCCCUGCCCGCAGUGGCAGCUGGGGGACUGGUCACCCUGCUCUAAGACGUGUGGGAAAGGUUUCAAGAAGAGAUUGUUGAAAUGUAUUUCUUACGACGGCAGCGUGCUGCCACAAGAAAGCUGUGAGCCUUCCAAGAAGCCGAAACACUUAAUAGACUUCUGCAAUGUCAUGGACUGCAGUUAAAUAGUAUAAGUUGGGAAAGCUAUUUUUUUUUAUUAUUUUAUUUUUUUCCUUCAGAACAAUGCACUGAAAAAAAAAAAAGGGCUAGAGGCAGCGCAUGUGUUUUUGCAUACAAAAUUCAUAGUGAGGAUCCAUUGAGGUGGGACAGUGCAAAUAGCUUUAGUCGGUGUUGCAUCUUAAAAAUACCCCGCCAACUGAAAAUUUGGUAGGAUAGCAGACCCAUGUCACUCACUCGUCUUCAGCAGAUAAGGCCUGAGGGCAUUAUAAUUGCCUUUUUAAAGUCUGUUACAAAUUAAACAAAACAUGAGUAGUGGCCAAAACACAUUUAAGCAAAUGUUUUGGGGUUCGGUUAUUUCUCCCUUCUUCUGGAUUCUAUUCUGGUACUGAUCAAGUCCCCAUGUGUAGGAAGGGGAGGGAAAGGGGAGUGGAAAAGAUAGCUUAACAUAAUUGGUCAGGGCUUACCUACCUCACGAAAGGCAAAAAAAAAGGAUUGGAAAAGGAGCUUUAACUAUUUCAUUCAUGGCUGCUAUUGUUUCAGAGAAUAGUUUUAUAUAAAAAUAAAGCCAUAUUCUCUACCUGUAAAGAGUAAGAAAUAUCAAGAACAGUCAGUCAACUCCACAAAUAACUAGAAUGUAAUUCUUUUAAAGUACCUUUAUGUCAUCCCAAUGUGCCUGUCCGUUUCUCUCAUCCACUCCAAUGCCAUUGUGGUGACAUACGUAAUCCAGAGGCUAGAAGAAGUGGAAAUCUUCAUGGAGCAGGUAGCGUCUCUGAGUAGUUGCUCUUUGUGCCUUCUGCAUACCUUCCACGGGCUUUUCUCAUUCGAGCUUGGUCUUACCAUCCUGUCAGCCAGACUGAUGGCAUUUGUGAGCAUUUGAGUCAUGCUUUCACAUUCAGAUCUUUUACCUUAUCCCAGCUGAUGGAAAUUAUUUGCAUUUGGGUUAAAAAAAAAAAAAAAUCAAAGAAAUCCCGCUAUGAAUGGGAACCUCUCCUGUGUGGCCUCUGAUGGGUUUGUUGUGCUCAAAUCACUGGUAAGGCGGGAAGACAAAGCUGAAGGAUAGCUGGUCCAUCCACAGCAAUACGCCAACAUUCACAUAAUUAAAGUUUGUGCCAGUCCAUAGACAAUGAGAGAAUAUGGCUUUCCAUAUGUAUAUAGUAAAAUAUAUUGCUAUAGAUUUUAUAUACUUUAUAAGUAUUUUAUAUUUCUUUGCCUUCUGGGAAGGGUUAUAAUUUGUAAUAAAUGCAUAUAAUGAGCGUAUUUAUUUUUAUACUUCUUGUCUAAUGUGAUCUUCUAAGUUAUCACUUUUUUAAAAGGACAUAUAACAAGAAUAGAGUAUUUAUACAGUAUAAUAUGUAACUAGAGGUAAUAAAUGAACCCUAUAAAUUUUGGAAAUGGAGCGUCUUUAUUUCACUGGAGUAAAACUAGUCCAUUGAGCGGAAAGAGCUUGGAAUCUAAGGCAAUGUUAAAAAAAAGCUGAACAACAUUUUUCAAAAUGACUGGUAGCUUAGGCUACUAAUUGACUGUGUUAGUGAAGGGGGUUGGAAAACUCUACCCACAAUGUCAUAUACCACGUUAAAAGGGGUAAUUUUGUAUUUUAUUACUUAACCACUAACAGGGUGCUCAGUACUGUUGUUUCAUCUUUUUAAAAAAAUGGAGUGCAACUAGACUGAUGCCACUGGUUUUAAUAACUGCUUAUAGAGGGAGUAUUGCUGUCAGUGGUGUUUAUAACCAACAAAAUAUGUACAAAAGUAGCAGUUUUACCUGCUCCACUUAACCUUGCCCUACUGGGAAAGAAGCAGUCAAAAUUCAAAACCAUUAACUGGUAGUCAGAGGUUUUCCUCACAAAUUUCUGGAGGGCCUCCUGAUCAUGCUUUUCUAAUUAGAAGUGCUGUAUGAAUGAGCUGUUCUAAUGCUGUUGGUAACACGUUUUUUAAUAUUAAAAUACAUACUAAGCAUCAAGAAA